AAUAAGACGAAGAAGAAGAAGACGAACACGGAGGACGAGAAGAAGGACGUCUGUAGGAAACAAUGCGGUCGUCGCUCACGACUCCGCCGCGCACCUGUCUGCCCGUCGCACCUGUCCUCGCCAUGUUGUCCUUCGUUCUGUCGCGAGGCUUCUGCCUGACUGCGGCCGAAGUCGGCGGCACAAUUUACCCGACCUUCGGUUCACUUUCACGGGCUUUUACAACCUCAACUCCCAAAUGUGGCAAAUCAUCCGAAACCGGUUCGGUGGUGACCCACUCCCAGCUGAAGACCAUGCUGUCCAGCGGAGACAUCCAGCUGUUUGAUGUGAGACAGCCCGAUGAAUACCUGGCCGGACGCAUUCCAGGCGCCGUCAACAUCCCACUGGGGACCCUGGAGGAGUCUCUGAAGCUGUCCCCUGAACACUUUCAGCAGACAUUUCAAGUGAAGGCUCCUGGGAAAGACGACGACAACAUCGUGUUUCAUUGUAAAACUGGCGGCAGGAGCUCCAGAGCGCUGGAUGUCGCCCUAAAGCUGGGAUUCCACAGGGCGAGACAUUACAAAGGAGGAUACACUGAGUGGGCAGCGCAAGAAGGAAACUGAACCAGAGCCCAACUCUCAAAAUGCAGCCAAUGCAGAACUCCAGGGUUUAAAUGAGAAUUACCUCUCACUGCCUGUUACUAUUGAAGUUACAUAUUUUAUUUAUGUUAGCUGUUACUUUAUGGGUGAAUACUACUUUUGAGCUUCAACUUGUUACAUUUUUAACGCCUGAUUCAACGCUUUCUUUUUGGUUUUGAAUCAUGUUUUCUAAACGUUUUAUUCUGGAAUUCAGUUUCUUUGUGUUUAUUAAAUCUUUCAAAUGUCAACAUGUCUUUGAGAAUAUACACAAAUGUAUACAUUCAUUAAUUGACGAGCUUUAUUCUUUGCUGUGAGGUCAAUCCCUCCGCCUUAUGUGAAUAUUGCUUACUUAAAUUUACACAACAAAAUGGUUUAAUAAAUUUGACAAACAA